UUUAAACAUUCCUUGUUCAGUAUUAAUAUUUGCAAAUCCGAAAAACUUUACGGGAUGACUCUUCUAAGUACGGAGUGAGUACAGCUAAAACUGGUAACGUGACUUCUGAAUUUAGUAUGGCCUAUUCAUGAGUUGGAAGACCGGUGCCGUGGAAGAAAGCAGAAUCAUGUUGGCUGAUUGUCUUUUAAUCGUUUUCAUAUCACUCUGUACAGCAUCUCUUGGAGAGGGAUUAACAUGGCUGCUAGUGUACAGAACAGACAAAUACAAAAAGCUCAAGGCGGAGGUGGAGAAGCAGAGCAAGAAAUUGGAGAAGAAAAAAGAAGUUGGUGAUGCAACAGAUCGCAGCCAAAAAAAAAAAUUAGAGAGACAAGAAGAAAAGCUUAAGAACAACAACAGAGAUUUAUCUUUUGUGAAAAUGAAGUCCAUGUUUGCAAUAGGUUUUGCAUUCACAGCUUUACUUAGUAUGUUCAAUUCCAUAUUCGAUGGCAGAGUGGUAGCCAAGCUGCCUUUCACACCCAUCUCCCUUUUGCAGGGAAUAUCUCACCGGAACCUCGGCGGAGAUGACUACACACACUGUUCAUUCAUCUUCCUAUACAUUCUAUGUACCAUGUCUGUGAGACAGAACAUCCAGAAGGUCCUUGGACUGGCUCCAUCUCGUGCAGCUAGUAAGCAGGCUGGAGGGCUGUUUGGUCCUCCCCCUCAACUCUCAAAGUAAUACAGAUAAAGCAUAUCCGAUGUCACUAGCAGACAAUACACCAUCUCUGUUUAAGACUAGUGAACAUUUAAAUGGUAUUUUAUACCUGUUAAAUCUCAGUAUCAAGAAAGCACACUUUAUCUGAACAUUAUUUAAUACAUUCUAUAAAGAUAUGUUUGUUAUCAAGUAAGUGUGGAAUGUGAUAUGUACAUUUCUAUAGGAGUAUAAAGUUAACUUACAGAGUUAAUAACAUCCCAUGUAUGAUAUUAUGUUUAAAAGAUGAUAAUCAGAGAUUUGUGUUUGUAUGUUUGAACUGACCAAAAUCUGAAAGUUUCUGCUGUUAUUCUAUAAAAGUCCUUUUUUCACCAACAAUUAUACUUUGGUGUGUAUUACAUUAUGAGAUCCAUGUUAUUGAAUGUCAUCACUUAUGUAUCACUGAUUCUACAGAAACAUGCAUCUAUUUGUAAAGAUACUUAAAAGUGUUCAUCACCUUUAUUUUGUGAACAAACAGCAUACCAUAUAAUAUAAAAUACAGAACAAGAAGGAUUGUAAUACGAGGGACAGUACAUAAGUCUAUUAUAUAAGUGGAUGUAUUGUGGUGUGGUCAGAUGGAUGUAUUGGUGUGUUGUCAAGAUAAAGAAUAUUGGAUAAAAUUAUAUUGUACAAUGUAUUGACAUUUUUGUGUCGUUUUUUCUAUACAUAUAUAUAUAUUAAUUAUUAUUAAUAUACAUGUACAAUAAACAUUUGUAUUAUCAAAGGAUAUUCUUUUUCAAAUUUUCUGAUUGGAUAAAAUAGUGUCAUGCGAUUCAUGAUAAAAAGCCAUAUUGACGGGAUGUGCAAAAAAAUGCUGGUAAAAAAUCUGGUUGACCUCCCCUUGUUAUUGUCCAAAAAGGUCAAAUAUCUUGCAAUUGAAAUAAAGACAAACAAUAUUUUGAAUGUUCAAAA